CGGGGUCACCAGCUGCUCUAAUGCUGACAUCCGGAGCCGGAACCAGGCCAGCCCCACUUGAAUCCUCCAUGUCUGGCGGGGCCCAAGAAUUGUACAAUGAACUUCCUGUAAGCAUCUCCCCCGAGCUGCCUGCUGAGCGCGAGCCAAGUGUUAGUCCCCGUGCAAACCCCGAAGCCUCAAGCUCUCCGGUUGGGCCUGGCAGUAAACUGCCAGCAAAGCAGCACAAGACUCAUGUGGUGAAAAAUGGCGCUCAAAAACCCGAGACUCUGGACCGCGGGGACAAAGCCGGGGGUCCUCAGCUGGCAGAAUCCACAGCCGGAGAUCCGGUGGCUUCUGGCGACUUGGACAGUAAAGAUUCCGAAACGUGGAGCGUGGAGAAGCCAUAUUUGUGGAAUGGGGGGGAGCGGGAGGAAGGCCCUGGAAUCGCAGAAGUCAGGAAGGAAGGCCCAUCUGGGGACCAUCUCAAACAGCAUUCCGUGGAUGCUGAGGAAAAGUGUUGUUCAAAUCAGGAGGAGCCUCUAACACAAAGAAGGACAGGAUCUCUUUCAAGCACAUUCUGUUCAGAAGGCCCUCUGAAGCGUAAAGAAGAUAAUCAAGGAAGUGAACAGGUUACAACAGAAACUCCAUUAAAACCUACUGAAGAAGUACAAGGUACCAAGGUCAAUGGGACUGGGACGAUUAAUAAUUCAGGAUGCAGGAGUAACAAAGUGAGUAGAGAAUGCCCAGCUGAGCCCAGUGAAUGCCCAGAUGUAGACAAAACCAUGGCCACUGGUGAGGUUUCAGAAACCAGCACCUUAGUUUCCCCAGAGCCUUUAACCUUUGCAGAAGCUGGGUUAACAGAAGCACCUUCCGAAGAAGAAGAAGAACGUGAAGCGGAAACAACACAUCCUCCCUGUCUACUGCCAGUAGGAGAUCGGAGUGUUCCUGCCAUGGAGAGUGAAAAAGAUUUGUCUAAAUCGAUCCUUCUCUCCGAAGCACUUGACAAUCAUCAACAAGAUCCUUUCCUCCAGACUGAAGGCAGCCAUUCUGCUCCUGCCGCCAAGACCAGUUCUGCGACUGUACUGUCUUUAAAAGGAAGCUGUUCAGUUGCCUGUUUAGCAUCAGGGGAAGAACAGCUCCCGCAUCCCACAUGUGAAGAUGGAAAUCUGCUUAGUGCUGUUGCUGAGCAACGAGGAGGCAGCAAUUUAGGCCACUCUGGCAAUGGGGAAACCACUGACACCUCAGAAGUAAUCAGCCCAAGGAACCUCCCUGCCAGGCAAGAAAGACAAGAAGGCGCCCACUUGAAGAACUCAUGUAUUCCCGUUGCUGAAUCCACCGAUAAAAUUUCAGAGGAAGAUGACAAAAUCGUUCUAGAAAAGCAAGAUAAUUUGAAAAAGCAAGAGUGCCAGAGAAAAAUCUGUACCAGCGGUACUCAUCAAGUCAAAGACCUCAAAGAAGGAAAUUUUUCAGCCAGUCACCAGAAGCGUUUGGAUAACGGCUCUAAGUUAAAAGAAGCGUCUUCUAGCGAGCUCCCAUUUCGAAAAGAGCCCCCUGCCAGUAUAGGGGCAGACGAGCCACUCAUUUCAUUAAUUAAGGUAGUGGAAAACAAUCGAGCAACUUCCCAGUUGGAAGCAUAUAAAAACACUGACCUUGAUGGCAGUCCUAAAUCGAAUGAAACUGGUAUUCCAGAAAUUGACAGACUAAACCUUACUAAUGAAAUGAGUGAACUUUCUUCCUGCCCUGUGGAGUCAGUCUCUAGUGGGAUGAAGAACACAGAUGCUUCAACUAGAGAAAAGUCUCCCCAAAACUCUGUACAUCCGAAGUCCCCAGAGGACUCGCUCCUUCGUAACAGGGAGGAGUGGUCUGUAGAAAGUAAGUUAAAAGAAGUAUAUAAUGAAGGAAGUAUGGAUUUUAGCCAAAACAGUUACUCUGCUUUAGAAGAUAGUAAAGAAGUAAUCACUCACCAGCAAGCCACCCUUAUCAAAGCAAGUAGUCUAAAAGACCACUGUUCACCGGUUGUUAAAACUUGUUCCGUUCUUUCAAGUGGUCCCAGGGAUGAUAAUGUCAUACCAGUCAAUAAUUCUUCUGUAAAGGGGCUCGCCAGUAUAGAGACAAUUAUCGAUUCAGAGAGUGAAGACCCAACUUUAAAUAACAGGGAGACAUUUAACCAUUUCCAAGAGAUUUCUGUCAAGGAAUGUGAAGCUUCUCCAUCUGAAGAUAAUUUUGGCUACUUUGGUGGGGUUCAGAAUGUACCGGAUAGAACGUGUGUCUUUAGGGCCACGGGUUCCAUUUCUGAGACCGGCAGAAUCUUAUCAGAAGCUGAGAAUUCUUCCAAAUGGACACCUAAGCAUGCCACAGCAUCCAGUGAACACUUCUGUGAAAGAACAGAAGACAGCUCGGAUAUCAAUACUCCUGAAACUAGGAACCAUACAAAGAACACAACAGAACAAAGUAACCAAUGCACUUUAGGAAAAGAUGAACUUGAGAGAAUCAAAGUGGAAAAUGAUGUUCAGGAAGAUCCCACCAGAGAUGCAAUGGGCGUGUGUUUAGUGGGCAGCCAGGCUGUAAACAAAGCCAAGUUUUCUGCCUCUCCAGCUCAUUUCCUAGAAGGAGCAAAGGGAGAAAACCCAGAAAAUAGACAGACUAUAAAUGGGAAGAAGACUUGUGAAUUUAACCUCCCUAAGGGUGAUAUUUCAGAGAACGGUGAAUCCUCUGGGAUUCCAAGUCCGAAAAUGUUGUUGGACCCAUCUCUUCAGUUGGAAUUCUUAGGCUUUAACAAUGUGAAACAAGCAGAUGGAUCUAUUAUUCAGGUGGCAAAUUGUGGCCUUGAUGACCGAAGUGACCUCCUUAACCAUUCAGCUGCCUACAGAAAUGAAAAUGAAGCAUCAUCGUCCGGUAAGCAGUCUGACCCGAGUGCCUGUGAAAUAAAGCCGAAAUCAAGUGAUGUUAAAAGAAAGCGAGACGCAGUUUGUUUUGAAGAACCUACAGAAGGGAUAAGCCUUAUGCAGCAAGAACUGCAAGUUGCUAGAGAUUUCAAUAGCAUGCAGCUGCCGCGUGACCUUUCGAAUGCAGAUAUUCAAGGAAACCUUAAAACUGAGCUGACUUGUGAAAACUCAACAUUUGGCAAGGUAAAUAUUCAUCACCUAGAUUGUAUCAGGGAUAACUCUGAAGAAGAAACAUCAGAAGUAAAACUGCCCGAUUCAAUUGGUAGUAGGGCGGAGCAAGAUGAAUCUGCAGGGGCUCAGUUAGAUGAAACGUCGAGACUCAACUGGCCUCAAAGAAAUGAAUUUAGUAUUGUAGUUGAAAGUAUGGUUGAGCGAGAUUCAGAUUUAACAGCUACUGUUUCUUCCAAGACUGAAUCUCUUGAAGUAAUACAAUCAUGGGAAGUCACAGGAUCGUGUGAAAGAAGAACAAAAGAUUCUGAUAAUGAAUCGAUGUCGAAAAGUGCAAAAAAAGUAUGUGAUAGUGUAAAAGAAGUGAAAGCUGAAAUGCACAGAGAUGCUCACGUGUCGAAGGUAGAAUCUUUUCCCAAUCAUGAGCCAAGAAGAAAAAAUUUGGGUACAGUUAAUAUUUUAUUAAAUAGCCCUCAUCAUGGAGAAAUGCUUAGGGGCACACCUUCAGAAGAAAUGCCAGGAACCCCUGACACACCAGGUCUUCAUAUUCAUUCUGGUUGUGAUAAAGAAGAUUCUGUAACGAUCUCUUCGAAAGAGUCUACAUUUUCUGGUUGCCAGACUGAGAGAACUGUUUCCGACAAGAAUUCACAACUGGUUGAAAAUGAAGCUCGUGAAAUACCUUCACAGUUCUCCUCCUCAGGGAAGAAUUCGGAAACCAGUUUAAAUAGAAUCUGGAUUGAUAAAGUUGGACAGACAGGGUGUUCUGUACAAGCAGGUGACCGAACGCUUCCUGAAAACUCAGAGGUUAAUGAAAAAUUGCCGGAGGAAAUGUUGAAAAGCUCCACAGCCGCACUCUGCGUAGGCAACGGAAUACCUUCGAAGAGUGAUAAUUUAGAAAUAACUGGUAUUCAUUUGCCUUCUGAGUUGAAUUUGAGGAGCAAAGCAAAUAGGAAAGAGAUUGAAGGAACGCAACUGGGAACAGCGAAUCAUUCAUCAGUUGGAGAAGUAGCUAGAGAAAGAAUCACUAGAAAAGAUGAAUGUGAUAAAUGCAAGCAAACAAAGAUAGGUAAAGACAUUGCCCAAAUUGCUUCCACCGGCGAGUCACAGGUAGCAGGCCGGGAGUCCACAAUCCCCGAGAAAUCUAAAGAACUGCAGCAGCAGACUGUGUUUAGUGCCGAGCCUUUCAAUCAGGUAUCCAGAGAUAUAUCAUCAGCCGACAAGGAGCCUGAGCAUCUUUUAGGACAGGACUUUUGUAGCGGGAGUCACCGGAAACAUAUAAACAAUACUCUGAAGGAUAUUCACAGGGCCAAGAUUUUCAAGGAUGAUGCUGCGACAUGGUCUCUGAGGAUCAGAAAUUCAGAAAUGGCCUCUCUGGACCGCCGACUAGCGAAUUGCGUCGAUUUCCCCGCAGAUCCUGGCCUCCCGGCUUCCCAGAUGAUACCUCAAAGCGACAACUCCGCAAGGGGUGAUGAAAAUCAAGGUGCCUUUGGGACUACCCCAGUUCCGGUAAAGAAACAGCCCGGUCGAAAAUGUAAAAAAGUGACGUCUCAAGAGCCAAUCAAGACCGUAAGAAAAAGGAAGAUUCGAAGUUCAGGUUUUUUAAGAAGUUCUUCGGAAACGAUUCUUAAAAGGGAACACGAACUCUUCAGCUGUUCUCUUGGGGCAUCUAAGCCACCAGAAAUAAACGCAGAUACAGCCAUAAGUUCGGUCGACCACAUGCCAAAGCAGAGGACCACUAGCUGUAGCCUGUGGGCCAGAAGGAGACACAGGGACUCUACCAAAGAGCCGGCGUUGCUGAAGAAGUUGUCCGUCCUUGCCAGUAAACUACUGAAUCCCGCCAAAAACACCUACAAGCCAACGCCUUCGCAGCGUUCCUCCGGGACUCUUCCAGUGGCCGAACGACACAACCAGCUCAGAUUGAAAAAUCUCCUGGAUGUCUUUUCAUGUAUUAGUAUGCGGUUGAACUCUCAUCGGGCUGAUGACAGGUGCAGCAAAAUGCCUGACUUUCAGCCUCUGGCACUUUAUCCCCCUGAAGCCAUCCAGAUAUGCUUCUUAGACUUGAACGACAAACCGCCACCGUUGCUCUUCGAUACCCCGAUCGUCCCAAUUUCCUUUCACAUAAAACUGGAAUCAGAUCCCGCGGCCGAGAUUUCGAGGACUGCUUCCGAGCACUGUGCACCCCCUAGACCUGCCUUAGGAGAAGCCCCCGCGAACUCACCUCAGCCGCCGAAAUGGACCUUUUCUUUUCUCCUGUCCCGAAGUUCUUCAGGGGCAGCCACCGUCAGGGAAGAAAUUGGCUUCAGCGGUGAUUUGCAGCCCCCUGCUACUCGAGAGCCCCCACUUCCUGCUCAAGUCUGUAGAAGAAACACCGGAGCAACAAACAGAGCAAGUUGCUCCGUGCUUGGCCUUCAUACCUUUUUAGCACUUUCUUCCCCUGGAUGUUACAGGAUCUGGACAAGAAGAAGAAGAAACUUCUCCAGUCACACCCUUUCCAUCCAGAGGUUCUUCUUGCGGGGCUUAAAGGGGUUAAGAUCGGCAGCUUCCGUAUCAAAUGAUCUCGUCUCUUCACUGCCCUACUCCCUGGGAAGGGUCCUCUCCAUAUGGAGCCAGCAUGGUCCUCCCACCUGCCCCCUCAAUAUCACUACUCUCCAUUCCAGUCACAGCGAGUGGCAGCCAAGUCUGCAGCCAAGUCAGACCGCCGAGAACAGCUUUGUUGUGUUACCACAUGUGCCUUCCCCAGGCGUAGAUGCUCCCAGCACCGAAGGCAAGAACAUGAGGCUGGAACCUCCAUUCUCUGCUGUGGUACCAAAGUCGUGUUUAGCUCCAGAACCAACUUUAAUAACACAUAGACUUUCAGCCUCCAACUUCCAGGUUCCUCCAUUUGACGAGCUUGAUGUCUCCACUACUGAGUGCCCCGGGCCGCAAAAUGGUACCGAACAGAAAGAGAUGGAGCCCAAGAAGAAGCCCAAGAAGGUCUCUCAAAUCCGCAUCCGGAAGACAGUUCCCAAGCCAGACCCGAACCUCACCCCCAUGGGGCUGCCUCGACGCAAAAGGUUAAAGAAAAAAGAAUUUAGUCUGGAAGAAAUAUACACCAACAAGAAUUACAAGUCCCCUCCUGCAACCAGAUGCUUAGAGACCAUCUUCGAGGAGCCCAAGGAGCGAAAUGGAGCGCUGAUCUCGGUGAGCCAGCAGAAGAGGAAGCGGAUUCUGGAGUUCCAAGACUUCACCAUCCCUCGGAAGAGGAGGGCCCGUGGGAAAGUCAAGGUGAUGGGCAGCUUCACACGGGCCAAAAAGGCCGCACUGCAAGGCAGAGAGCUGGAUGCCCUUCUGCUUCAGAAGCUGAUGGACCUGGAAGCUUUCUUAGCCGAAGAAGAGGGGAGGGAGCAAGGAGCAAGUUGCUGAGAAGAGUCGGUUGGUUGGGAACAGAUGAAUUGCUUUAGGGUUUUGUUUUUAACGUACCGGGGAAAGGUUCCGAAAAUCCCCAUCCCAGAAUCCUCACUAUCCAAAUAUCUAGUGCGCAAAUUUUGACCCUUCUGAGUGGACAGUGGAAUUGGGUUGCCGACGUCCACUGCUGAACCUCAAGAAUGCUCUCCUCCUUCCCUGACCUCCACUGAUAUCCAACUCUCCUCCAACAGUCAUGUCUCUGGGAGAGGGAAGGAGCCAGACCCUCAAUAACACUGGGUGUUUAGGACUCGGAGGAGAUUUUGCACGUCCAUUUAAAAGCCCAACAUGGUUCAUGACAGUGUUUUUUAUUCCAAGUAUUUUCAUUAGAAGCAGCUUACGUGGGAGGUGGACAAAAGAGUUUGCUCUGGGGGUACCACUAGCUCAUUUCUGAAGGUGGAGAAAGACUUGGAGUUACGUUUUUUAAUCCUUUGAGUCCAUCCGCCCAAAACCCGUUUGUGGCUUCCCAACCCACCUUUUGGAGUUUUGGGUCAGUAGUGCCGGAGAAACCGGAGAAAGUCCCUUUCUGAAUAAGUUGCACUUUUUUAUGUUGUGAAGGUAGAUUUUUAAAUUAUAAUUAUUGGGGCAUGUUGGGAGCCUUUUAAACGUGACUUUUGUUUUUUAAACCAUUAAGGGAGAUAGUUCCAUAUUUUAAGCAAAUAUAUUUUUUUCCAGUUUGUGCCAUGUUUGACCCAGUUUAUUGAUGCAUCAUCACGGGGAACUGGAAACAAACUGUCAUUAUUCAUCGAUUUUUUAACAAUCCUCUUGCCACCUGCAGAAUUGCCUGGGUAAAUGUUUGGGACUUGACCCAGAGAAAUGGGCUCCCACAGUGGAAUUGAGCCGACCCACUAAUAAUUUUAUUUGCAUUGGAUUAGGGCCGGGGUUUUCUUUUUUCCUGUUCAUUCAUGAAAAACGAGUAUUGGGCGAGAGUUUUGUCCCCGAACUGAACUCAAGACAGAUGUGUAACUGAGUUGUACUCAGUGAUGGGGAGUUUGUGGAAGAAUUACCCUCCCAGAUGAUUGAAUGAAUGAAUGAAUGAAUGACCAAUAGGAGAGCCAUCUGUUUCCAGUGUAAGGUCAGGGAUCAUUAAUGGCUUAAGAUCCACUAAUAAUUAUUAGUCAUGGCACCAGGAAAUCAGGCCUUCGCCCCACUCCAGGGGAACUGGGCUGUCCUCUGGCUGCCAUGUUAGAUCUUUCUUGAAAUGUCCUAGAGGCAGCACUGGCGUUAGUGGUAGUUCAUUAUUCAGAACCUGCGAGUGUCUCCCAGGUAAUGUCCACUCUCUAAUUCAAUUAAGUCCCCAGUUUUUAAUUCUCCGCUUACGCUAAGUAUUUUUCUCCUCCAAAGUGGCUUUUCCUACCUGCAUGCAGGACAAGAGCGCUCAGAACUGCUACUCCUGAGGUCACGAGGUGAACCUGGUUUCCUCUUAAAUCCUCGGGAGGCUCCGACGUUGAGGACUCACGGUGCUAUAGAAUGAGCCUGCCAGAGGCGAAAGACAGUUAUGGUCUGUCCAUCCGGAAGCCCGAGCAGUUUGAAUCUAGUUUUUCUUCUGUUCCUAGCCGUCAGCUGGGGCUCUGAUCCCCUUGGGCCUUUCUUUCGUGGGUUGACCGAAUGCCGUACUGGGGAAACUGGAAGAAUGAGGAGGAUAAAAUGUCGAGGCCUUCUCCUUGAGUAAAGAAGGACAGGGACUGUUUGUGCCCAGGAACCCUAGCAUUUGGGCUACUGAAGUGCAAUCCCAGUUAAUCCACAAGAGCAUCUAUGUAAUCCCUCCAGACCUCUCAUCUUCCUAAAUCAGGGUUCCGUCCACAACACUAAAGCGCUCUUGUGGGGAGGAAUUGGCUGGGCCGGCAGGCGGUUUAUUGUCUUUUCAAGAUGUCUCCAACAAGGUCCUGCUGGUUCCUGCUCCAAAUGGCCAAAUGUCUCUUGGGGUGACGUGGUCCAGCUUGUGAGCACGUGUGGGCGUGCAUAAGUACACGUGCGUGUGUCAGGGGAGAUUGCUUGGGGAUGGAACUCCUUCAAUUGGUUUGAUGGAUAGUAAUGGGGAAGGAGGGAGAAAUCUCAGGUCCAAACAGGGUUCUGCCUUUCGUCUUUUUCUCAAGGUUUUUAUUGUCUGUCCGAUUUUUACCUCCCCAACUAAUCGUGUGUUGUCCCUUUCAUUUCUCCUGGCUUCAUAACUUCAUUUUUCUGGUAGCUGCAACGUCCAGUACCUCAUUCCUUCAUUACAAGAGACUGUAUAUUUUUUUUCCUUACUGACCUUACCUCGAGAAUUUGAACAGAGUGAGGUGCGGGGAGGAGAUAUGUAGCAUUUGCCUUAUUCGGAGCUGGACUUGCUCAGAAAAAUCAUGCUGUGAAUCCCAAAACACGCUCCACUGAGCUGUGAAAGUCACGAUCCUUCGUCGCGAUUUUGCCUGAAGGGUUCUCCUGCAUGGGGCAAGCUGUACUUACCGUUAGCUGAAUUCUAAACCAUCUUAACAAUAUAAACUUCUGGCCUGAUCCUCAUUCUGCCAGCGGGACGAGGUUACAGGCUGUUGUUAGCAGCAGCCUUAGGCUGCUUUAGAUGCAGCGUUAGAGAGAGCUCCAAGCAGGAGCUCUCAGCCUCCAAGCUUGUGAUUUCAUCCUUCGUGAUUUCAUCGCGGGGGCCUAGAGAAACCACGGAGGACCGACUUUUAGGCAGCAAUCCUUGUGUGCCCCUUCCGUCCCCCUUGAGUAAACAUUUUGCUUUUCGGUGAGGUUUCCUCUGAGGGCUGUCGAAGGUCCUCGUCCGAACGACGUCCGGAGCGCGUAAAAAAAAAUUGACAGAAGCUGCCAGGGUUCUUUUCUGGGUCUCCUCCCAGCAGAGAGCUCUGCCAAGUGAACUGAACUCCUUAUUUACAUCAUAAGCUAACAAAACAAGGCUUCAUUUGACCAGAAUCCAAGUUCAAUAUUUCCACCUCGCCCUCAACCCAAGUAAGUGGCAAAGGCUACUCAGCGCAUGCUUCCGCCCGUCCAGCACUCUGUACAGAAUGGAUGCCUGUAAGAGUUUUCACCGGGCCGGUAGCUGCCUGAACAAAGCGCUUCUGUGAUGCGGUAAAGAGUUCAGUGAAAUCUGUACAAUUUUUUUGGUCACAUGGACCUGAGUCACUCCCCCGCAGUUUCAUUUCUGUUUGGUAGUUUGUGACUCAGAUUCCCUCUGUGUGUGU